ACCUUGUAAUAAAACUGACUAAAACAUGUUUAUCUUGAAUAAAUCAAAGUUAAUGUUCAACAGGCCAUCAAAAGUACAAUCCUUAUUUGAUCUUAAAACUACAUACAUUAACUUAAGCGUAAUUAGAGGGUGAAGAAAAAAAAAGCUAUCAAGCAGUUUGUCAUGAAAGACGUCCUCACUUCUUAUCUGAUGUAACUCUUAGCUAAUGCACUGUGGAGGGGCAGAUGCGGAAUGUUUUACUUUUUGUGAUUUUCAUUUGUUUCCUGCUGAGGAUGCUAUUCCUAUUAAUUCUGAACCUCUUUCCUAAAGUCGGCUCGGUCCGGAGUGAUAUAUCGAAUUUGAUCGGUUAUAGUGAUGACAUGAAAGAUUUGGUGAAUCUCGGCGAAAACCACUUCGUCAACUAUGAUUUUGAACGCCAGCAUCCACAAAUAUUAAAUAAAUUUUCUGAAAGUAUUAUUCCUGGAUAUGAUAAUCAGCAUUCCUUGGACAGAUUUUCCAAUUAUUACUCUCAACCUGACAUAUUUGUAAAAGCCAAAAAGAAAAAAAGAAAGCGGAAGCACAAAUAUCUCGUGCCCUUGUUGAUAAUGGUGAUUUCCAAACUGGGCCACUUCCUCCCAACAUUGAAACUGACGCUUUUCGCCCUUUUCACUCUCAUACUCUUCGCCAAGAAAGCGUUUCUUGUGAGUGUCGGCUCUUUACUGCUUGUCGUCUAUGAUCAUGUUUACAAAAAUAAAAAAAACCACUCCAUUUGGAAGGAGUGGAACCAGAGGAACCAGCCGGCGAAGCAGGACCAGCUCGACUAUCUGGAAGACACGAAGAACGACUGGUGGGAAACAAAGAAGGCUGAGAACCAAACAAUCAACCCGAGGGAGGCUGAUAAAUGGAGAAGAUGGUGGAAGUAUUAUGAGCCGAUUGACUAACGUUAAUUAUUAAUUCAAAACAAUAUUCAUUGUAACAGUAGCAGACUGUAAUAAAUCAAUCUGACCACUAUUUGUAUUAAAUAUGAUUAAUAAAAUAAA